AUGAAGUCCUUCCUUGCUCUUGCUGCCUUUGCUGGUGCCGCUCUGGCCCAGAGCGCCCAGAUUGGUCUCCCUACUGUUGGACAGAAGCUUCACAAGGGCAGAGACGUGGUUGUCCAGGUUCAGCGUCCUAACACCAUCACCGGAUCUACUGAGAUGGCCGUUGCUAUUGGCAUUUCCUCUUGCGCCUCUGAUGUCUGCCAAGAGUCUGAUGAGGUUAUGGGAACCAUUCUCUACAAUGGCAAAUUCCACCCCCAGUACCACGAGUAUUACCUGCCUCCGUACCAGAACUUCUCCGUCAAGGUCCCAGCCGAUUUCACCGCUGGGACUGCCCAGAUCAAUGUCGCGCACGCUACUCUCAUCGGAGCCGGACCAUUCCCCUUCCUCGAGGCUCUGAACCGUACCGUUGUCAUUGUCUAA